AGAGGAGAGAGAGAGAGAUGGAAGAAGGGCACCUAUAAAAGGCAGAUGGGUCAUCUCAACUUCUCAUCAAAUCCAAUCUGUCUCAUCUUCACACAACAAGAGCAUUCUCUUUUAGCGAGAAAUACAUCACAGUCCUCAUCAUGAAAUUCUUGGUGUUCCUUGCCCUCGUCGGAGUCGCGGCUGCUCAGUUUGGUCGUCCAUCCGGCCGUGGAUCCCAGAAACCCGAAGAUGUUACCAUUGUCCGACAAGAAAACGAGAACAAUGGGGACGGUACUUACCGUUAUGUGUGGGAAACUAGCGAUGGCACCAAACACGAGGAAUCUGGAUACCUCAAACCCAACGGAAAUGAGGACCCCAUCCAAGUAGCUCAAGGAAACUACCAAUACUAUUCCCCCGAAGGUGAACUUAUCCAAGUUCAAUACCUCGCUGACGAGAAUGGAUUCCAACCGGAAGGAGCCCAUCUCCCCACCCCACCCCCAAUCCCUGCCGAAAUCCAGAAGGCCCUUGACAUCAUCUACGCCAACAUUGAAAAAGCCUCAUCCGCCCCAAUCCCAUCCCGAGUCGCUCCACCCUCCGGAUUCCGUCCACCACAGCGACGACACUAAAAAACGCUUGUUGUAUAAGUGAAAUUCUUCCUAAUUUUGCUAUACACUUGAAAAAAAUAAAAUGUGAUUUCCCCUCCCGUUAAAGAUAAAUAGUUAGGAAAUGAAAUGAACGAGUGAAAAUUUAUCAGUUUUUUUAAAAAUUGAUACAUUUUGAGCUUUUCCCUUUAAUUUUGUAAUAAAAACAAUUUCCCAAGAAAAUAAACAAACUUGUGACGUCCCCCACGAAAAAAUUGA